AUGGAUACCGAGGAGCGUCUUCAGAAAGCUUUGGAGCUUUCUAAAGAAGCUAUUGGAUAUGACAAUGCGCAACAGUAUGAAAAGGCAUUUGAUUAUUACCUCAGAGCUCUAGACCAGUGGUCUAUUGUAUGCAAGUAUCAAAAGAAUCCACAGCUGCAAGAAAAGUUCUUUAAUAAGAUGAAAGAAUAUGUAUCAAGAGCAGAAACGCUGAAACAAAUCAUAAGCAAGGGUAUAUCUGUCUACAUGACUGCAUUAAUCUAUAGUUUGUCUGUAAUUAAUCUGUUUUUAGCUGCAAUAACCGCGGUGAAACCAAACAUAAAGUGGGAUGAUAUUGCAGGAUUAGAGUCUGCAAAGGAUGCUUUACAGGAAGCAGUCAUUUUGCCGAUUAGGUUCCCCAAUUUAUUUACAGGUAAAUUAAAACCUUGGCAUGGAAUAUUACUGUAUGGGCCACCUGGUACAGGGAAAACAUAUCUUGCUCAAGCAUGUGCAACUGAAUGUGAUGCUACGUUCAUCGCAGUUUCAUCAUCUGAUGUCAUGAGUAAGUGGCAGGGAGAAAGUGAAAAAUUUGUAAAAUCUCUCUUCCAAGCCGCAAGAGAAAAGGCUCCUUCCGUCAUUUUUAUUGACGAAAUUGACUCCAUGUGCAGUGCACGUAGUGAUAAUGAUAACGAAGCAUCUAGGAGAGUAAAAACCGAGUUUCUUAUCCAAAUGCAAGGUAUUUCAAGUUCUUCCAAUGGGAUUCUGGUACUCGCUGCUACUAAUUUACCUUGGGCAUUGGAUAGCGCAAUAAUAAGAAGAUUCGAGAAACGUAUAUACAUUCCACUGCCAGAUGAGAAAGCACGAAAGGUUCUCAUAAAACUGGCUCUUGGUGACAGCAAACACCAACUAAAUGACAACGAUAUCGGUGAACUUGCCAAACGUACCGAGGGGUACAGUGGUUCAGAUUUAAGUGUGUUGGUUAGGGAUGCUCUAAUGCAACCCGUGAGGAAAUGUAAAUUAGCAACUCAUUUUAAAGAGGUAUAUGUUGAUGGUAAAACUCUAUUUACUCCAUGUUCACCUGGUGAUCCAUGUAAAACUAAACGCCAGUGCAAUUUAAUGUCGAUUGAUCCGGAGAAGCUUCUACCUCCUGUCACUGCUAGAGCAGAUUUCAUGGCGAUACUUGCAAACUCACGGUCUUCUGUUAUUCAAUCCGAUCUGAGUGCGUAUGAAGAAUGGACAAAGCAGUAUGGUCAAGAAGGUUCAUGA